UAAUCUGACACACGGACGAUCCCAAAGAAGCCUUAUCUUUCUGCCAAGGAGUCUCAGACUGAACAGUUAGACGAUUGUUUCUUUUCUCAUAUGUUUUUUCCACAGUUGACUCACCCCCGCCAACUUUUUUCUUCUUCUGUAGUCUGACGUUCUUUGCUUGAGGAGUUCCAGGAAAGAACCGACAAAGCCAUUCGGUGACAGGAUGGUACCGCACAUGGAUAAACCUCUUCAAUAGCAGAUGAUGCAUGAGGCUGGAUCCACCCUGCUGGAUGUUAAAUGACUCACACAAGAUUCUCUCGGGAAGUGAAGAUCUUUUGAACACAAAGGACCCACUGCCAUGGAGCAAAUCUGGAAUUCAAACGUAAAGCUUUUCUAAUUGAAUUUGGGAUUUUUCGUCAAAAUUAAAAAGAAAAUUACAGCCAUGAGUAUUGGAAAACUUCCAGGGAUUAAGGGCCUAGUGUCUGGCUCCCAGGAAAGGCGUCGCUUCAAGAGCGAGCUCUCUGUGGACAUGAUCAGCCCGCCGAUGGGCGACUUCCGACACACGAUGCACGUCGGCCGUGGGGGAGAUGUCUUUGGUGACACAUCAUUCCUGAGCAACUACGGAGGAGUCAGAGAGCCUGGGAGCCCCGACUCGGCAAACAGCUCCAAGUCGACGGGCUUCCUCACACGCACCUUCAGACACAUUCGGAAGAAUUCUGGGCCACGAGGAGAACCGCGGGACUGUUCCUCGCCACCGCCGGACAUCUCACCCAUCAUCAAGAAUGCCGUCUCUCUGCCUCAACUCAACAUUGACACUUCCAAUGGGUGCCUGCAGAGAGUGAUGCUCCCAAAUUCUAUCAGCUCAACAGAUAGCGCCAUCUGCACAUAUGGUAUCCAGUCCGGAUUCGCCACUCUGCCGCGCUUUUCUCGCCUUGACAGACCAUUUCUCGACGGAGAACUCAGAGUGUCUCAACGAAAGACCGUGACCCGUUCAGACUCCUUCACCUCCUUCACUCUGGACCUCGGCCCCUCUCUGAUGAGCGAGAUUCUGGGCUUGUUUGACAACCCCGGCUCCCUCCGGGUGGCCAGCCAGGUCACCGCAGCUGAGGAGGAAGAGAAAAACAAUGCUGAUGAUGAGGAGGAUGACAGAUCUCAAACAGAGACAUUUGUGAGCCCCGCCGCGAGUUCGACAAACUCCUCCGUGCGCAGCGUGUCAUCGAGAAGGAACGUGAACAGUAAGGAGCAUUCUUGUAGCAGCAGCUGGACAGAGGAGGACAGGAGGUCAGUUGCUGCGUCCUCCAAAUCUCCUCCGAGGUCUCCUCCCAAACAGGAACCUGCCAUGGAGUCGGAGCGCUUCCAGAGGGCAGCUGAUGUGCUGUCUCGACAUUACGGAGGGGGGCCUGUCUCAAAGUUGAGCCCUCCUGUUUCCAAAACACCGUACACGUUCUCAGAAGAGGAGGAAGAAAUCAAAGUGUAAAUGAGGACACUGAAUUCUGCAAUCAUCUUGCAGUCGCCAUUUUAUACAACUUAUUUAAACUAUUGUAAUAGUUCCAUAAUUACAGCAUGUUUUUGCAAAUACCUUGUUGGAGAUUCAGCACUCGUAUGGAAUUUAUACACUUCACUCCACAAACUUAAGAGAUAGUCAAUGCAAGAAAAUUGUGCAAAAUUUAAAAUGUGAAUACGUAAUUUGAAGUCAUUACUUUUGUAAAAAAAAUAUUAGUAUGCAUAUGUUUUAGUUAUGUUUACCAUGACAACAAGAAAAAACAAAAAUAAUCAUGGUGGUUGUUGGUUUAAUAAACUUUAUUCCCACUGACUAAUGUGUUGAUCCUGGCUGGGUGUGUUGACUUUUCUUUUGUUAUUAAAUCAUUCAGAAUUAUUUUUAGCUAACAAAACUGCAGUAUGGUAACUAUUUGACUACAACUUUGAGUAUAUUU